UGCUGCAGGGAACUAAACACAGAUCAAUGAACUCGGCUAAAUAAACUGGUUGGUGAAUCAAAAUUGGGAUUGAAUCAGGUUUGCAUUGUCACAGGGAUUGGCACAGUGCGUUUUAAAGUGGUAACAAGAAGUAACCACAACACACCGGAUUACUGGGCCCGUGUAAUAACCUUCAACUCUAUCUGGAAUAGAGUAGGCUACGAAUCACACUUUUCUGCCGAGCCAAGGUUUUUGGAUACAAAAACACAUCUGCGUAUCGGGGGCAACUGAAAAUUAUAGGAAUGAUCUUUGCAAAUACAGUCAACCCUUUGAGGACGACAUAUCGCAAGCAGCAACCAUUUGCUCUAAACCCACACCCAAUGGCUCCCCCCAGCCCCAGUACUAACAGCAGUACCAACCACAGCAGUAGCAGCAGCAAUGCAGGAUGGGACCAGCUAAGCAAAACCAACCUCUACAUCCGAGGGCUGCCUCCAGCCACCACUGACCACGACCUGGUCAAACUCUGCCAGCCGUAUGGCAAAAUUGUGUCAACAAAGGCAAUCCUGGAUAAGACAACAAACAAAUGCAAAGGUUAUGGUUUUGUGGAUUUUGACAGUCCAGCUGCUGCUCAGAAGGCUGUUUCUGCAUUGAAGGCAACUGGUGUCCAGGCCCAGAUGGCAAAGCAACAGGAACAAGACCCAACAAACCUGUAUAUUUCCAACUUGCCUCUUUCUAUGGAUGAACAAGAGCUAGAAAGUAUGCUUAAACCUUUCGGGCAGGUCAUUUCUACUAGAAUAUUACGGGAUUCUAAUGGUGCAAGCAGAGGCGUUGGCUUUGCAAGGAUGGAAUCAACAGAGAAGUGUGAAGCAGUCAUUUCACAUUUUAAUGGGAAAUUCAUUAAGACGCCACCGGGAAUCCUUGUGCCCAAUGAACCCUUAUUAUGCAAGUUUGCAGAUGGUGGACAAAAAAAGAGGCAAAAUCAAAACAAAUAUGUUCAGAAUGGGAGAGCGUGGCCGCGAGAGGGCGAGGUGAGGCUAGCCGGAAUGACCCUGACAUAUGAUCCAACUACAGCUGCUAUGCAAAAUGGAUUUUAUCCUUCACCAUACAGUAUUGCAAACAGGAUGAUUGCUCAGACUUCUAUUACACCCUAUAUAUCACCUGUUUCAACAUAUCAGGUACAGACGCCUUCCUGGAUGACUCAUCAACCGUAUAUCAUGCAGCAUCCUGGAGCAGUACUAUCACCCUCUAUGGACCACACAAUGUCAUUACAACCAGCAUCAAUGCUAAACCCACUGACACAACAAAUGAGUCACCUUUCACUAGGCAACACAGGAACGUUUAUGCCUGCUACAACAGCUAUGCAAGGUGCUUAUAUUCCCCAGUACGCUCACAUGCAGACCGCAGCUGUUCAAGUAGAGGAAAACGGUGGUCAGCAACAGGUGGAGUCAUCUAAUGAUCAUUCUCCCUACACGUAUCAACAAAACAAGUAAUACAGAUGUGCAAUGAUAACCGAGAUGUGCAAAGACUGAAACAAUCAUGGCUUCUUCUGAUUGACCGUGCUUUAAGAACAGGUCUUCAUUUUGCACAGGUUCUGCAGAUUACAUUUUGUUUAUAAUAAAAAUUAAUUGAAACUAUUUUUGGUAUAAGUUGUAUGAGGUGCAUAUAAAUGCUUACUUUCUUCAAAAAGAUGCUAAUUCUCAAAAAUAGUUUUAUUUUAAUAAGAAAGAAAGUUUAUUUUUACCAAGCAUUGUCACAUUGACACAAGAACUCUUGUGUGCACAGAAGACCAUGUGACAAAACAAGGUGCAUGACAGGAAAGAUGUGGUUUUUUGUUUUGUUUUUUUAUUAUUUGUGAUGAAUUUUUAUUUUGUAUUGAGUUUUUUUCAGAAGUUUUAUUAGCCAAACAUCUUUAAAAUGAUGUUAUGUGCUUGCUGUGUGAGUGUUGCUAUGGUGAAGUGUUAUUCGACUUUUCUUGUUAGGUGUUUGUCUUUUUGGUGUAGAUUGAUCUGUCCUAUACAAUUUGCCUUAACUUUUUUCACACAAUAACUGUAUAGGCAACUAUGUAGAAUAGUUAAGCAAGAAUAAGUUGAAACGAAAUGCCUUGUAAAUCAGCAACUUAGGGCUUUUUUAGUAUAUAGCUAAGUCAAUUCUCUAAAAAAAAAAAAAAAAAAAAAACUUUUGGUUUCUAUUGUGUUUUAGGUGUUUGUAAUGUUUUGUUUUUCACUGAUCUCUGCUGAAUACUAAUGGAAGUAGAACUUUUAGAACAGAAGAAAUGUUCUGAGUGAAACACAUUUUCUGAAUCUGAUGGGAUUUUAGGUUGUAAUGUUUGUAAUUAUCAGAAGGCUGAAACGUCUUCUGGUUGUUUUGAAUGAGUUUGAAUUCUGCUGAAUGAUUUACAUUUAAAAAAAAAUCUUGCCUUUUUUAAACUAACUUGAUGUUGUAGUUUUAGCUUAAACAGAUGGGGUGGGGGGAUUGGGGGUCUGUCAAAUUGACAGGAUGUUUUUUUGUCUUUUGCUUUAUAAUUAAAACAAUACUUAGAUUAUUGAUUGUUCAAAAACUAGCAAACAAAUACCAUGCCUUUCAAGGCAACAAUGGCAAAAGCUAAAUGAUUUUUGAUUAAGGAAAAUCUGAGAGACGAACAAAUAGAUAGAUGCUAGCUGCCCUUUAAGGGAAAAACAAAAGACUUUCAAAAAGUUAACUUCACCAAAGAACUGUGAGCUAGCAGCGAAUCAUGAAAGGGUGGUUUACUCUCAGUAUUUACAUUUUAUGUAAUCUUUUACUUUUUGCCAGACCAGUUUGCAGUUAGGAGAAUGUGCCUUUUUUUUGUACAUUAGCUUUUUUUUUGUUCUAGUUUUAUUGAUGUACAGUAUGGACACAAACAAACAAAAAAAAAGCAUAAAGGAAGAUUUUGAUCCGGGCAGUGCCACACUCACUACGUCAUCACUACAGAAACGUAACACGUAAAGAAAGAAAAACCAUUUGAAACUAUGAAAUUAUUUCUUAAUAAUAAUAAUAAUGAUCUGCAUUUCACAUUUUAGAACAGCUAUUCUUUUUUAUUUUUUAUGAAAGCUUUAUAAUUUUAAUCAUAUUUGCCUAAAAACAUGAUAUUACUUAAGUUGUCUUCCAAGAGACUGUUUGUUUGUUUUUUACCUGGUCAGCCAAGACUGAUUAGUUAUCUACCUCAGAAUUUUCUUUCUCUUUUGUAUUGGGACGGGUUUGCUGGACCUGCCUGUUUCCACAGACCAAACUCUCCCAGCUCAGGAGCAGGAGUUAAACAAGUUGUUUCGGGCGGUAUUGUUUUCUUCAAAAUUUUUUACAUUUUUUUUAUAGGAAUAUUGUAUGUGAGCGUGUUUAGUUGUGUCCAGGCCUUCAGUUUCAUAGUUUCAAAAGUAAUUGCUGCUUUCAUUGAAAUACAGUAGAUUCCAGUAGUUGAUGAAGUCAAGAAAGAGUCCAAAAGUUGUGGUAUUACAGGAUCUUUGCUUCCUAAAAUAUUGUUGCUUCGAGUCCAGACAGACCUGCAGCAGCUUCCCAUACAUUUUAGUUUUUUUUUUUUUUGUUUUUACCAUGUAUGAACCGUAGACACACUUGAUUUCUACAGUAUAUAUUGCCUAAGACUGAAACAUAGUACUGGCAACAGCUGUGUGGGGUUUUGCUGCUAGUGAUGUCUGAACUAAGUGCCAUACUCUGUGUCUGGGAAAGAGUUGGGAAAAUACUCUGUAGAUAAAUAAAUCCUUUAAUUAAACAUUGCAUACUAGACAGCCAUUAAAUUAUACAAAAAAUAAAUAAUUUAUGAAGAGAGACCUUUUGUACAGAUUGUUUGAAGAAAAAAAGAUUUUCAUAGAGAUGUCUAUAUGAUCAAGAGAGUUAAUUUCUUUUAUUUUUUAUUAUUUUACACGUGCCACAAACUUGCCAGUGGUAACUUGUAUGUCCGGUUAAAGAUACUCUUUCUGUACUUUUGUUUUCUAGUAAUUGUUAAAGCCAAAAAGACAUUUGUGAACUGUAAAAAAAUAAUUAGAUUGUUAAGUUUUAUUUUUUUCUGUUCAUUUCUUUGAAAACUUUUGAAUAAAAACAUCAAUUGAAAA